GUCAUCCUGGGGGCCAUCACAGGGGAGGGUGGCAUCUUGUUCUACAUCUCGAAAGGCAUCACGGAGGGCGUGUUGGGAGAUGUCACGGACGUGACCUUCACAUCUCCAACCAAGUUCAUCGUGUCCCCUCUCACUGACGUCUUCGUUGACCCGAACAAGGACGUGACGAAGGCUCUCUCUUUGGGCGCACCUGCGGCCCAAGCGAUGCCCACCGGCCUGACAGGCAGCUGCCCAAGCACCAUGGAUUGCAGCAACUACUUCUGUGUGUCGUCGGCCAUGACCAAGAACUGGAAGAAGGUUAACAAGGAUGCUUAUGAAGCAUUGUCAGAGUGCAGCACCUACUUCCCGCUCUUGAAUCACGGCUGUGGCUCGGACACCUGCUACUUGGAGGCCGACAAAUUCUACACGGAGUCCAUCGAGGGCGGCACCAUCCUUGACGGGGGUGCCUUCUCGGGAAUGGGGGACGUUGCCGGGGGAAUCGUGGGCUUGAUCUUCUCCCUGAUCAUCAUCACCUUCUUCUUGUUCUGCCUUGUGAAGCUCUUGCAGACCCUGAUUAUGGGCACCGCGAAGAAAGUGAUCAUGCGUGCCACGAACAUGAACGACUACGUCGCCAUCCUUGUUGGCCUUGGCAUCACCUUCAUCGUCCAGUCCAGCUCUGUGACCACCUCCACACUGACCCCACUCUGCGGUGUCGGCGUGCUCCCGGUGCACAAGAUGCUUCCCAUGACUCUUGGGGCAAACAUCGGUACCACGUUCACGUCCAUGUUGGCUGCCUUGGCAGUGAUGAAGCCUGACAGCCUCCAGAUCGCCUUUGUGCAUUUGUUCUUCAACAUCAUCGGCAUCUUGAUCUGGUUUCCGGUGCCUUUCAUGCGACGAAUUCCCAUCAAGGCUGCCUGCUUGCUGGGAUUCUAUGCCUCCUACUGGCGUCUGGUGCCCCUGAUCUACAUCUUGGUGAUGUUCGUUGCCGUGCCAGGUGUCGCGCUCGCCAUCUCGCUGCUCUACGGAGCCAGCGUCGCCGGGGGCAUCGUCGUCACGUUGCUGGCCAUUGGCGUCGUCGCCGGCUUCAUUGCUUGGUGGUGGAUGGGUGGUUGCUACAAGGUGGUUUCCAAGGAGCAGCGCGAGGAGCGUGCCGCCGAGAUGGCCGCAGAGAUGGGCGAGAAGCCUGCCGAG